AUGGCCCCUCCCGCCGCCGCCGCACCGCGCAAGCGCAUACGCAAGAGAAAGCGCAGGGUCGCCUCGGACUCUUCAUCCUCGUCGUCUUCCUCAGACUCCGACUCUGACUCGGGCGCGGUCGUCCAGCCAGCGGCGGCUAUCGCAGCAGCGAAGGCGAAGACGGCAGCACAACCAUCCGAGUCUUCAGACUCUUCGGAAGAUUCUUCGUCUUCCUCUGAAUCAGAGUCCGACUCUGACUCCAGCAGCGCUGCGGAAGACGCGCCUGCACAAGCUGCUUCUGGCGUACCUCGACCCUUCGCUUCUCGCCGAUCACCUUCCCCGCCCCUCCCCUCUACCAAGAUACCCUCCUUCCUCCCAGAAAAGACCGCUUCUAACGCUCAAGAGAAGGAGCAGGAGCUGCGAGACAAGUUUCGCAAGUUCUGGAUGUCCGCGGUCGUGGAUGGGUUCAAGGACGACUUGGAGGAAAUCCGUAAGGAGUCAAACCUUACUACGCCGAAGCUGAGCUUGUUGAUCGACUCCCUCGCAUCCGGCGCAGACGUGUUCGCCAUGUCUGGGAAGGGGGACGUCGGCGAGAUGGCUAUGCCCGUUGCUGCCGUCGCUCUUGACCUCGCUGCCAUAGCACGCCAUAAGAGAAUCGUACCGGCCAGAUUCGACCUUGACGAAGUGUUGCAAGACGAGGAGCUUCGCCACAUUCAUAGUACGGAUUCUCGACAAGACAUGUUGUGCGCGCACUGCCGCAACGACGCAGCAGCCCGUCGCGUCAUGGUUAUAACCCAUCACUGUAACAUUGCUGUGAAAUACGAGCGAAUGUUGCGCGAGAACGACUACGCAGCGUCUUCGCAUCUUCGCAACUUAUGGCCCCACCCUCUGGCUCGUCAACUAUGCCUGCAAUGGCCGUGUUUGUUUGCGUAUGUGCCUCUGACAUAG